AUAGAGGAAAUGAGAAUAAUAUUAUUAAUAAUAGUGCAAUGAAUGUUAUUACAAUGAGAGAAAGACACUACAAGUAUAUACCUCCCCUUCCGAAUCACAGGCAAAGCCAAUGAGACUUUGUUUAUGUAACAAAAGUGAUUCAAUUUGCACCUGUUGUCCAAACCAUAAAAAUACAAAACAAAACAGCCCAAAGAAAACAAUGUGCUUCCUUUUUAACAUUAUUACUUUGUAAACACAGUCUACCAAACAGCAAAAUGGCAUCAAGCAAGCCAGCAAGAAUUUUCUAUCUUUAUUUCUUUAGUAUGUGUUUACUUUAUCAUUAGAUAUUAGCAAAUUAAAUGAGACUGUACAGAUAUUGAAGCAAUACAGGUUUACUUGUCACCCAUUAUUACCUUAUUAGCAAAAUGGCAUCAAGCAAGCCAGCAAGAAUGUUCCCUGUUCUUCUAGAUAUUACCAAAUUAAAUGAGAUUGUGCAGAUAUUGAAGCAAUACAGGUUUCCUGAGGCAAAAUGGUUUGAGUUUGGAUUGAAUCUUGGUCUCCUUUAUGAUACACUGGAAGCUAUUGAUGCUAAUCAUAGAGGAAAUGCUUCACGUUGUCUCAUGGAGUGUUUAUCCAAGUGGCUGAGUAAAGCUGAUGAAAAUGUGUAUCCUCCUACUUGGCAGACAUUGGCUAGUGCUCUUAGAAAGAUAAAAGAAAAUGCAGUUGCUGAGAAAAUAAUGGUUAGCCAGCUACUACAGCAUUACAGUAGUAGAAUAUCUGGAGCAACACUCUCUGAAGAAUCAGUUCAUCUGUUACAUACAGAAGGACUGAUAUCUGAAGAGACAUUGAGGGAAGUGAAGAAUUGUGGAUACACACUAACAGAUGAUGCAAUGAGAGAAAUAUACACAGCAGUAGCUUAUGAUCAUAACAAAUUGAAAUCAUUUGCUAGUAUAUUAUUAAGAUCAUCAGGCACUGUUAAUAUAGCCAUUGACUUAAUGAGAGACUGUG